AUGGCGUGUAAAAAAGACUCCUUAUGGUUUGCGGUGGUCUCUUCUAGCUCGUCGAUUGAUAAUUGGUUCGCGAUUGAAUCAGCGAAUACUCUCCACUUCUCGCAUUUGUGGAAAGGCAUUCAUAAAGUUUGUGUAAAAAAUAAGGUUGCUUGGGAUUGUUUUUUGAAUUCAGUUUCUAUGUCAUUAGGUGAUGGUACUCGGACUCGCUUUUGGUUGGAUCGUUGGCUAAAUGAACCAUUGUUCUCUAUUUUUCCUAGCUUGUUCAAGAUUUCAAGAAAUAAACAUGCCCUUAUAGUUACUGUUUUCGAUCAGCAGCUGAGCCAUUUUGGUAAUUUUGAAUGGGCAAGACGUCUUCGUGUAGGUGAGCAGGAGCAGCUAUCCCAGUUGCAAAAUUUGCUUCCUCGUCUGGAUGGAUUGCAAGAUGAAGCUGACAGGUUUUUAUGGCUGAAAUCAACAGAGUUCACGGUGGCAUCAAUGGCGAAGCUUUUUACUUCAGCUUUGCACUCAUCUCAGCUCAGCUCUCACAGCAGUUUCACGUUCCUUGCAGCAGCAGUUUGGAAGGAAUUCCUACCUCCUCGGUUGCAAUUCUUUGUCUGGCUAAUGGAUCGGGACCGAAUCUCCUCAAAUGUAACUUUGGUGAGAAGAGGUAUUCUCAAUCAUGAACAGAUUUCUUGCUCCAUUUGUUCUAUGGAGGAAUCAUCAAUCCACAUUGUGCUUCAUUGUAAGUUUGCAUGGAGCUUCUGGAACUCUAUGUUAUCUAACAGUAAUGUUGUUUGGGUGACUCCUUUUUCUCUUGAUUCAUUCUUCAUGCAAUGGAUGGCUUUAGCUACGGGUAGAUAUCUGUCACGACCCAAUCUCUGA